AUGAUGGUGACCGUGCCGAUGUUGUUGGCGGCGUUGGCUGCCGCCAUCAGCCGCUAUACUGAACAUCCUACGUUGUGUUUCGCGCGUCCUCAGCGGAUCUGGGCCCUUUGGACUUGGGGUCGAUCUCCGUGCACGCUGACACUCCUCUACCUCGGAAUCGAGAGCUCAUUCCGUCUCGCUCUUGCUGCCCACCUGUCGAAGGUGGACCCGAACGACGAUCCUGACGGAGCCGGGGGCACCUCAGACGCAGCCUCGGACCAGGAGUCUCAGUCCCAUUCGCGGCAGGAUUCCCGCACCACUGGCAGCGACGAGGCGGCUUCUCCUGUUCAGGAGCGCACUCCGGCGGGCGAGUCGCAGUCCAGUCUCGAAGCCCACUCCCCCCAUCAGGAGUCAGCUGAAGCCGCUGGCAGUCAUGAACGGAAACGCGGUAAAUCGUCAACAACAACACAGGCUGCGCCGUGGAAAUUCGCCCGGUCAGUUCAUGUACCUGGCGUUGGAGAGACAACAUACGGCGCUUUGGUGACACAGCGAUUGAGAAUGACCGCUGCGGAACUUCGAAGAGAAUGGUCGAGGGAGGCCGUAAACGUUGCUGCGUCCAUCGGAUGCCAGUCACUGAAGCGAGGGAAACUUCCUAGUGCUUCAGAACUGGUCGAUAUGGAAAUGCCAAUUCGCAAACGGUUCAGGACGCGUAGUGGGGCGCGCCUAGAAGAAGCUGCGGAGUUGGAAAGGAGAGCCGAAGAGAUAGAGAGGCAGCUUCAGGCAGCCGGGAUACAAGUGCCGGCUCCCCUGGAAGCCAAUGAAGCAGUCGGGGAUAUCCAGGUAGCUUCUGAUGAAAAUGCAGCAGCUACCACAAGUACUACAGCGCGCCCUGGAGACGAUAUACUCUCAUAUGUGCGACUGGGAGUCACAAAGCUGAGAAAGGAGCUUCGUCAGCUGAAGGCGCUUUGGAGCAGCAUAGAGCGGUAUGUCCCUGAGGCCGUUGCACAAAGCAUGUUUCAUGCGCUGGACACGCACCCCGGCCGGCGACCGAGGCACUGCGCGAGUGGGGGCAAAAGGAGAACGCAGACGAGGGCGGCGACCGACCCGCGACGUCGCCCUUCGGAGCCACAGGCCGGCACCUCGUUAGGCACUUCACUGCUGGCUAGCUCCAUCGAGGUGCGCGGCCACGAGGGUGUCACGUACGCGGAGUUGGCCAUUCGACAACUGAGGCGCUCGGCAGCCGCCUUGACACAGUCAUGGGGCGACCGGAACGCCUAUACCGUCAACAACAUUGCUGACCGACUGCGUCGGGAGAAGAUGGACCCAACCCUCAAACAGCUUCGACGGUGGUAUAAGAUUGCGCUGGCUGCGCAUCGAACCCGCUCAGGUCCGAGGUUGGAUGAGGCACGAGCUUUGCUAGACAAGGCCCAAUUACUGGAGACGCAGAUGAGGGAGGCUGGAGUAUCUUUACCAUCCGAAGUGGAUCGCCCCGUGGGCGGCGCUUCUCAGGAACCAACUUCCAGACAACAUUCGGGGCCGUCAAGCACGUCUGCGGGUCCUGUGCGAACGUUUGCGGAGGUUGCCGCUGCCAAGCUGCGGAGAGAAGCUGCAGAUCUUCGGCUCACCUGGGGGGCUGGAAAAUCUAUGUACACGGCACAGAUUCUUGCAGACCACAUGGCGCGGCACAACAACCCGAAUCCCGGUGCCAGUCUACUCAAGCAAUGGACGUACAAGGCGGUGAACCAAUACAAUCUGAUGGCAGAUGGGAAGCUCUCACUCGCCGCGGCGCUAGAUGCAGAGGCGGAAGACAUAGAAAAAGAAGUCGUGGCCGUCAUACCGCGCGCACGGGACCCCGAGUCGGAUUCGUCGGACCAGGAAGGCGCUCAAGAUCCCCGUGAAACACCAACUAGCACAGGGCCAUCGUCGUCCCCUACCGCCCACUCCGGCGCGGGUCCGAGUGUCACAGCGGCGCCGUCAUCGGUGCCGUCUCUUUGGUUCGCGCCCGCUACUUCCGUGGGCGACUACGUCCGACGCACCGGUUCCGCCCUCUGGACGCCACCGGGCCCCUCUUCUCUGACUCGUCGCGCGGCACCAGCAGGCCAGCAGACGGGCGCAGGACAGGUGGCGACGAGCGCACGCACUGGGGGCACACGACAGGAGCAGACAUCGAGUUCGGGUGACAGCUUAGGUCGAGGCGAACUACCGCGGCCGGCCCCCACAAGCCGAGAACUCCCCCCAACACGCCGCUCAGCUGCACCUGGUUCGCCCCCUGCCAAAAGGGCCCGACUGCUGUCCAGGGGCUCACCAGGCGCUGGCAGCGCCGGGCCCCAUUCGCCUAUCCCCCCGUCUCCUGCGCAGGCGCCACCAAGGUCACCAACAGCAUAUACCCAGACUCAACCUCCAGCUGCGCCUCUGCUCGUCAGCACCGCCCCCCCAUCUGGCGCAGCCGUCGGUCCGUUAGCCACGCGCCUUCCGCCUCAUAUGUUACCGCUGAAGAAGCGGCCCCGCCAUAGUGAUACGGGUGGCGACCGCACAUAG